GCCUGCAUGAUGAUAUGGGCCAAAACAUCGUGUUCACGAAAUCAACAGACGAGAAUGGCAAGAUACCUAUGCGAAGCCCCUCUCACUGCGUACGUACCGGAGCCAUGGGAUGGGGGAUGAGAAAGACGAUACGAUGGAGCGAGAAAGAGACCUCACGUUAUUAUAAAAGACAGAGACGCCCGACUGCAAUCUCCAGAUUCAAAUCAACCAGUCUCAGACAACAAUCAAUAAUUACAGCCACCAGCCACUCUUCACAACUCCAACUUCAUUUCCAACUCAACUCUUAGAUCUAAUCUAAAACUUAAUAAACCACUACCGCCAAAAUGCAGUUCACCAGCUUCUUCGCCGCCGCCGCCGCCCUCGCCAUGGGCGCUAACGCUGCCGCCGUCGCUCCCCGCGAUGGUGCCCGCCUCGCCCAAUUCCGCGUCUACGGCGCUGAUGGCUGCGGCGACCUAAACCAAGGUUUCUUCACCGUCGACGAGAGCGACGCCAACACCUGCAAGACCUUCAUCAACGUUCCCACUCCUCCCGGUGUCGUCUCCCUCAACCUUGAGUCGAUGAACUUCCCCGCCGCCAACGGCUGCAGCUUCUUCAUCUACACCGACACCAACUGCGGUGCCGGUCGCCGCGCCCUCUCCGUCGAUGUCUGCAACGACGUCGUCUCCCCCGCUACCUCCUGGGGUUCGUGGCAGAUCUUCUGCCCCAGCCUCAACGCCUAAGUUCGCUUUUCGACCACAUCUCGAGACGAAGGGCUAGCUAGCUUCACGGCGAUCGAUCGAUCAUACUUAGCAUGACGGUUACGAGUUGUUGAUAUUUGGGAUUACAGCGAGUUUGGAUUGUCAGGGCAUUUUUAAUCGGUGGUAGAAAAAAAGAUAUAUUUAUAUAUAGCAUUGGGGGAUCAUUCGCAUUCUUAUCGUACACUCCUUAGAAAUAUG